AUGACUUCAUUCACACGUCUUGUUUCGUCGAUUAGAUCGGCUUACAACAAUAUCAAUCCGUCCACACUUACCGGUGCAAUUGAUGUUGUUGUUGUCAGGCAAGAAGAUGAUACACUUCGAUGUACUCCAUUUCACGUUCGUUUUGGUAAAUUAGGUGUGCUAAGAAAUCAACAAAAUAAAGUAUAUAUAACUAUCAAUGGUAAUCCUGUCGAGGAUUUAUACAUGGAAUUGGGUGAGGCUGGAGAAGCGUUAUUUGUCGAAGAAGAAACUGAUACCCAAUGCCUUUCGUCAAAUCGUCAUUUGGAAUCAUCUGAUGGUAAUAAAUUUCUUGAUCCGGAUAGUGCCAUUUCAACAGAUUAUCGUUUACAACCAUCAAAUAUUGAUUGUUCCCCUCAAAUCAUCAAUAAACAAUAUGAUGAAGAAGAAGCACAAGAAAAUAAUGAGCCUAUUACAAAAUAUGCUUAUGAACAACCAUCGACGGAUGCCGAUGCAGUAAACUCGAAUACAUCUAUUGUUACUCGUCGUCGUCAAAAACGAUUAACGUUAAAUUGUACUGAACAAACUAAUGAAAAUGAAGAUCAAGAAGUCGAAAAAUUAUAUUUAUCAAAUCAAAAUCGUUCACGCUCGCAUCAGCGUACUUCAACAUCUAUAUCUAUAAAUGAUAAUCUAACAGAUCAUAGAAGUGACGAACAAACGGAUUCAUCCUUGGGAAUCUCUCGUCAACAUAGUGCCAGUGAAAAUGAUUUACUUCUAUUUCAAAUUGAUGAUGAAAAACAAUCGACAUCAUCAACACCAUUUGUCGAUGCGCACAGUCGUAUGAGCAGUAUUGAUAGUCGAAAAAAAUUACUACCCAUUGCUAAUAAAACAGCCAAUGAAAUAGAAAACGAUGAAAGUUAUAGCAGUAGCAUGGAAGAUGAUGACGACGAUGAUGCAAAUUUUAAAAAAAAUACAAGAACUUUAUCAAAUCCAAUACCUAUUGAACAAAAAUUGACCACCAACGAUACGCAAUCAACAGUUACAAGUACCGAUGAAUCCAAUCCUAUCAUUGAUACAAUUUUUUCACAAUCAGCACCAAUAACAACGAAAACAAAUAAUGUUUCAAUUCUAAUAAAUCCAGUUAAUGAUUCAUCUUCGUUUUAUAUAAAUGAAAAUUUUCUACCAACAUCAUCAUUUGAAAAUUCUAUGCCGCUUCGAUCGCCAAGUCCAAAAUCAGACUCUGAAUAUGAAUUAGAUAAAUCAUCUCAGCAAUCAGGAAGAAAUAAUCGAUCAACGUUUGGAUGGCAAUGGAAAUGGGGUGAACUACCGGAACAACGACGAAGUGUUUUUCGAUAUCUCUGGCCUUCAUCAUCAAAACAGAGUACACCGAAAGAAGGAAUUUAUCUGGACGAUAUUACAAAUAAUAAAUGUGAUGAUCGUGCACGUUAUUUACCUAUAAUGGAUUACCCACAAAAUCCGCCAAGAACUCCGAAAGAUGAAGAUCAAGAAUCAGGAACUGGUAAUUCCAUACCAAACUCACCAGUUCGAGAUUCUGAAGCUGCUUUUCUUCUCGGUGAUGUACAGCUUUCACUAUGUGGACAUUUAGACAAUCCAGCAUCGAUAACCGAUGGUUUAUUUAAGGAACGCCUUAUUCCCUAUGAAAAAUUUGCUACGAAUCCAUCGAUUAUCAAUGAUCCAAAUUUAGUUGUACGCAUUGGUGGAAAUUAUCAUAAUUGGAAUGUAGCAUCGGCACUGAUUGCUUCGGCUAGUGUCUAUCAUAAGACAUUACCACUCGAAACAGUCGAGCAACUGCAAGAAAAAAAUACACCACUACCUGUAAAACAUACAAUAAGUGGUAUGAAUCUAUGGCCAUUUUCUAGCAAAGCUUCUAAUCUAAAAGAAGAAAAUCAACAAUCAGCAUCGGCUGAAGCAUUGGCUGUUGUUGUUAAAUCUGAAAUAGUUCCAACAACGUUACAACGACAACAUUCUGUUCACAGUAUGCAUAGAAUUGACAGUGAGCAAGAAGAUCAAGAAGUAACAAAAUUAACCGAAAAAAUGGAAAAUAAACAAGUAACUCCAGUACAUACUGAACCGAAAAAGAAAACAAUGAUUCUCACAUCUGAUCAAUUGAAACGACUUAAUCUUAAACCCGGUAUGAAUCAUGUUGAAUUUAGUGUUACAACAUCGUUACAAGGUACAACAUAUGCUGAAUCAAAUAUAUUUCUAUUUGAUCAUAUGACGAAAUUCGUUAUAUCAGAUAUUGAUGGUACAAUAACAAAAUCAGACGUGUUCGGUCAUAUUUUUCCAUUGUUUGGUAAAGAUUGGUCACAUGAUGGUAUUGCUGAAUUUUUUCAGGCUAUUCAAGAAAACGGUUAUCAAUUCGUUUAUUUAUCUGCUCGUGCUAUUGGACAAAGUCGAGUAACAAGAAAUUUUUUAAGAAAUAUAACUCAAUCUGGCUUUGGACUACCAAUCGGUCCGUUAUUUAUUUCACCAGAUACAUUAGUCACUGCACUUUAUAGAGAAGUCAUUGCAAAACGACCUGAAGAUUUUAAAAUUCAAUGUUUAAAAAAUAUUGCCAGUUUGUUUCCAGAUAAAAAUCCAUUUUAUGCUGGUUUUGGUAAUCGAAUCAAUGAUCAGUAUGCAUAUACUGCUGUCGGCAUACCAGUGACUCGUAUAUUUACGAUUAAUCCUCGCGGUGAAGUUGUUCGACAAGAAAUACCCCAAAUAUUAUCUACUUCAUAUAAAAAUUUACAUGAACUAGUUGAUCAAGUAUUUCCUCCAAUGGAUUCAUUUUCUGCAAGUGAAUCUUAUUCUUCGUUUACAUUUUGGCGUGAAGAAGCAAAAAUAAAUCCAUUUGAAGCUGAAAUGCGUUCACAUUUAGAAGAAAUAAAUGCACGACAAAAAUCCAAAGGCAAAAGCUCAACACAACAACUCACUGGAGUUUCACCAAAAGCAACAUCAACAACUACAGCGACAAAAAAUGGCGAAAAAUUAUCAACAACAACUCAAGCCACCGAAAAUACAGUGAAGAAGGCAUAG